AUGGAUACACAAAUGACUUCCCAGUUAACGUUAUCGGAACGCCAGGAGGGAUGGUUGGUAGAGACAAGAAAACGCCUCAAUGGAAGGUUUGAUAAGUUUUAUUACCAUGAAAAAACCAAAAAGAUGUUUCGAUCUUUUGCUGAGGUAGAGAGAUUCAUUAAAAACGGCCAGUAUCCGCAAAGAAAACAACAUUCCGAGGACCAAAAACCACAAGAUCAAAGCACUUCGGCAUUUCUACCAUUGGAAUAUGAGGUCUCACCAAAUGUCUCAUUGAAAAGGAAGACGGAAACUUUGAGUUUUGAUGGCAGUAGUAGAAUCCUCAAAGGGAAUGACUUUUCUGCAUCUUCCUCCUCCUCCAAGCAGCCAAUGGAGACCAUUGCGAAGCUCUUGGCUGGUGCAUACAAUAACCUACUAAAUUUUUUUAGCGAAAAGAAGGACACCAAAAGCUCAGUACCCGAAAUCAAUUGCGAAGAACAAGAUAACCAAAUGAUUCAAAAUAUGAUUGAGGAACUUAUGGAUGAGGGAAAUAAUUUUCCACUCGUCAAUGAAGAACCCAUGGCACCACAAGGUACUUGA